AUGGCUUGGCCGAGUUUUUUGCAGACUACAGUAAUGAUUCAUAUCAGAAGUUCAGACCGUGAAGAACACACCACUCGCACGGCGUCGGAGGGCUCGUCUGAAUUCGUACACACUGAUAUAAAUGGUCAUCAGCCAAGAAUAAAUCGGAUUGUUAUGCAGAUUCAGACCUUGCGACGCGCCUUACGGCACGAAUCGCAAGCCACAGUACGAGACACCUUGCCCUCGACAUAUUUUCUGCCAGGGGACGAGAGCGCUUCAGAUGGGACGGACAACAAUGUUCCUUUUCGCGAGACGCCUGGCACGCCGUUAAUCGGGCUCUGGGUGGAUGCUAAGCUUAUGAUGGGAGGUGAGUUGACUCCGGCCCGCGAUAUUUGGCGAAUACGGCGGCCGAUUAUUACUUGUCGUUCCGCCGUCGGUGAGCAAAAUUGGGACAUGAUCUCCGGCGCAAACGGCAAAGGAUCACGAGAGCAGUGUUCCGAGUAUCCGAUCAUUUGUAACCUUGUACACUAUACAUGA